CAAACCCUCCACCCUUUCCCGUAGCGCGGAGCCGCCACUCCCCACACCCGCACACCACUCUGAGGAAAACCUAGAUCCGGACCCCUCGCCGCCGGCCAUGGCGACGCGCCGGGCCCUCUCCUCCAUCCUCCGCUCCGCCUCUCGCCUCCGCGCAGCCUCCCCGUCCCCGGUCCCGCGCGCGCCGCUCCACCACCGCCCGUCCCCCGCGGGCUUCCUCCUCAACCGCGCCGCCUCCUACGCCUCCUCCGCCGCGGCCCAGGCGGCGCCCGCCCCGCCGCCCCCGUCCACUGGCAAGACAACCGGUGGCGGCAAGAUCACCGAUGAGUUCACCGGCGCCGGCGCCAUCGGCCAGGUGUGCCAGGUCAUCGGUGCCGUCGUGGACGUUCGGUUCGACGAGGGUCUGCCCCCGAUCCUGACGGCGCUCGAGGUGCUCGACAACAACAUCCGCCUCGUGCUCGAGGUGGCUCAGCAUCUCGGGGAGAACAUGGUCCGCACCAUCGCCAUGGACGGGACUGAGGGGCUCGUCCGCGGCCAGCGUGUGCUCAACACCGGCUCUCCCAUCACUGUCCCUGUUGGUAGGGCAACACUUGGACGCAUUAUGAAUGUUAUUGGCGAGCCUAUUGAUGAGAAGGGAGAUAUAACGACGAACCACUUCCUCCCUAUCCAUCGUGAAGCCCCAGCUUUCGUUGAGCAAGCUACAGAGCAGCAAAUUCUUGUUACUGGAAUCAAGGUUGUGGAUCUCCUUGCACCCUACCAAAGAGGAGGUAAAAUCGGUCUCUUUGGUGGUGCAGGGGUGGGCAAAACUGUCCUUAUCAUGGAGCUCAUUAACAACGUUGCCAAGGCCCAUGGUGGUUUCUCUGUCUUCGCUGGUGUUGGAGAACGUACUCGUGAGGGUAAUGACUUGUACAGGGAAAUGAUUGAGAGUGGUGUCAUUAAGCUUGGUGACAAGCAGAGUGAGAGCAAGUGCGCUCUUGUCUACGGGCAAAUGAAUGAGCCCCCUGGUGCUCGUGCUCGUGUUGGACUGACUGGUUUGACUGUUGCCGAGCAUUUCCGUGAUGCUGAAGGACAGGAUGUGCUUCUCUUCAUUGAUAACAUUUUCCGUUUCACCCAGGCGAACUCUGAGGUGUCUGCUCUGCUGGGUCGUAUUCCAUCUGCUGUGGGAUACCAACCCACCCUUGCCACGGAUCUUGGAGGACUGCAGGAGCGGAUUACCACCACAAAGAAGGGUUCUAUUACAUCUGUUCAAGCUAUUUAUGUUCCUGCUGAUGACUUGACAGAUCCUGCCCCUGCAACCACCUUCGCCCAUCUUGAUGCCACUACCGUGUUGUCACGUCAGAUUUCUGAGCUUGGUAUUUACCCUGCUGUCGACCCUCUGGACUCCACAUCCAGAAUGUUGUCCCCCCACGUGCUGGGUGAGGACCACUACAACACUGCUCGUGGUGUUCAGAAGGUUCUUCAGAAUUACAAGAACCUCCAAGAUAUUAUUGCCAUUUUGGGAAUGGAUGAGCUCAGUGAAGAUGACAAGUUGACGGUCGCUCGUGCUAGGAAGAUUCAGCGGUUCCUUAGCCAGCCUUUCCAUGUUGCUGAAGUUUUCACGGGUGCACCUGGAAAGUAUGUUGAGCUGAAGGAGAGUGUUAAAAGUUUCCAGGGUGUUUUGGAUGGCAAGUAUGAUGACCUCCCAGAGCAGUCAUUCUACAUGGUUGGAGGAAUAGAGGAGGUUAUUGCUAAGGCAGAGAAGAUUGCCAAGGAGUCUGCAUCAUAAGCAAUCGCCUUCACAGGCAACCAAAAUUUAACUUUUGGGGAUCGACAUGUGUGUUUUAUUCUCUGUUAGCCAGGACAUGUAUUUACAUGCAGGAGGCCCGGUCCUGCCGAUGGAUGUGUUUCCCCCUCCACCUUUUCCCUAAUAAGGAUUUGCAGUGACCGUUAUGUUUGGUUUACUGCCAUUUGAGGAAGAAUUAUCUUUUUUGAUGACGGCGAUACCAUAAACUUGUUAAUUCUCAAUGGAAUACUGGAAGUGGAAUGUCUCCCAUGUGCAUACUGCAUAGCUGUUUUGAGGUCA